AUGGCAGCCUCAUCCUCGUCCGAUAGCGACAGCAGUUCGAGCCGGUCGUCGACCUCGCCGGAACCUGGCAACCACCAGAAGCAGAGUGUGAAGGCGGCCGAGAAGGCACCGAAGGACGACAACUCCAGCGAUGACAGCUCCUCCGGAUCGGACAGCUCUUCAGGCUCAGAGUCGGAGAGUGGCUCCGACAGCGAAAUGGAUACCACUGAGGAUGCGACAGAGGAACUAGCUCCUCCCAAGAAGGUUAAUGUCCCCGGCCCUCAACCGUACAAGCCCCCUCGGGGCUUCCAGUCCGCAAACAAGAAAUCCCCGCCCUCCUCGAACACCUCCUCUCUCCUCUCCGACUUGCGCGGCAAACAAGUCAUUCACAUCGCAGCUCCCUCGUUCCUUCCACUAUCGAAGAUUAAGGAGAUCUCCAUGUCCAAGAUCAUGAAGGGCCAGCCGAUCCUCGGGUACGAGGGCAAGAACUACGGGAUCCCAGUGGAAUCUUUCAAUGAAGAUGACUCGGAGGGAAAAAUCCUGCUCAUUUUUGACGAGAGCACUCAGACAUAUCGCAACAAGUCCGACCACAUCCCGAGCUAUCAGAUUCAGGAGAUGAUUGGGGUACCGGAAGCCGACAAAGCCGCCGUGGAGGCACUGCGCGACACCGUUAAGCCCCCGAGGCCCCAACCCAAGAACCUGAAGAUGCGCUUCCGCCCAGUUGGAAGUCUGCCCGCGGCUCCCGAGACCCUUGGAUCCGAUUCGGAGUCAGAUGCAGAGCCCUCGUUCAAGGCCCCUGCUGGAGAGCGCAAGGAACGCAAGAGGAAGCACCACCACACUGAAGGCGACGGUAUACAAGCAGCGAGUGUGCCACAAAAGAAGUCGAAGAAGCACUCACAAGAAAACGACGCCGACGAGUCUAGCCAUAAGAAGUCAAAAAAGUCCCACAAGGACCACAAGCGCAAAAAGUCUGAGAAGGCAUAA